UCGAUGUUUCUAACGUGCGCCGUUGCGUAGAUUGGAUGAUUAGUAGGAGAUUUGAGAAUCCAACUCACCGAUUACAACCCCCCUGCUGCACAUGGUGCGCAGCGUACGCCCGGGGCAAGUUAGCAUCCACAACCCGCACGCCACCUCACUCCUCGUCGCUUACCGUCUCUGAGUCGCCGUAACGACGCCUGAAAAUGCAGCGGUUGAAGGUUCCGAAGCGGGUCCAGGUGGACGAAUCCCCGACGGAGAUUCCCAAAUAUGAUGUGGCGGAAGAUGAAGAGGGGAACCCCUCGGAAGCCCUAGGCCACCAAAACGACGGAGAAGAUAAUGGCGGAAUUAGAAAUAGCAACGUCACUGAAGAUCAGGAGCCCUUCAUGGGGGUCAAGGUCCGAAGAAAAGCUUCGUUUCGCAGAGAAUACAAAGGAGACUACAUCGACGUCCGUUCCAAUCCGUACUUGAUGAAAAUCUUGCAGAAACAAGGGGACAAGGAGGUUCUGUUUGCCGAUAAAGUUUUGAAGUUUACUGCUUCUGGGAAGAUGAAGCGGCGCAUUUUGAUGAUCACUGACUUUGCCAUCUACAUUGUUGACCCAGAGGCCGAUGCACUGAAACGGAGGAUAGCCCUUGCAGCUGUAGAGAGGAUGUGCUUGAGUGAACUAAGUGAUAACUUUUUCGCAAUUAUCAUUCCGACUGAGUAUGAUGUACUCAUGGCUAGUACUCGCAAGACUGAAAUCGUUACUGUCUUAGUUGAAGCUACUAAGAGUGCUUCUGAUUACGAACUUGAAGUUUGUUUCUCUAACAGUUUUGAGUAUAAUGCAACUGCAGAAUUCGUGAAGGAGGUUCAAUUUGAGGAAGUUGAAGGGGGUGUUAAAACAAGAAUUUUGAAGAAGUGAUUGCAGAUUAUACGUCCCAUCGAAUGUUUCUUAGAAUAUGAAGGGAUCAGCUCUGUUCAUUGUAAAGAUGAAUGAUUCUUUAUCUAUUGCAUGCUAAGUUUCUGCUCAGCAUCAUGCCCGACCCCAUAGGGAAAAUGUUGUCUUUAUUCUCAUUUCAGUGUGAUUCUUAUACUAAAAAAGAUACGUUGUAUUUUUCAGACCUCACCUCACCAGUUUAAUCUGGAUGUAUGAAAUCAUUGAUAAGCCAAUGCCAUUGUGUGUAGAUUUCAAAAUCGAGCCUUUUGUACGUGUCUCGUAUUUCUUUUGCAAUUGCAGACAUUACCCAUUGA